ACUUCAAAUAUCCGAAGAGUCUUUUUUAAAUUAAAUUAUUUGAAAUUAUUUUUUACAGCUCCGAGCACAUUUUAUAUAGUUUUUAUUACCGAUUUCCUGUUUCUGGAUGUACUGCAGGUCCAGUCGGAGGUUCGGUUCUGUAGGAGCGGUAUCGCCACCUGCUGUGUUUUUUUUUUUUUUUUUUUUUUCUGUCGGCGGACACAAACUGCGUCUGUUCCUUUAACCGUGCGCAGGUUAAACGGGGGUUCUGGUUCUGGAGCCUGUGAUGGUUCUGUGCGCGUCGUUCUCAUCUGUCCCCGUUGUGUCGGAUCGUCGGGACAUGGGUCUUUAUUUGGACCGGAACUUUCGAAGCAGAACCGUGCAUUCUGCAUUUUUAACGUAUUUUGGGUAAAAGGGAUAAUUAACCGGACCGUUUUCCUCUUUAUUAUAAAGGGAGCAGGUGAUCCAUCGUGUUUUGGUGGACGAUGAUGAUGAUGAUGAUGAUGAUGAUGAUGAUGAUGAUGAUGAUGAUGAUGAUGAUGAUGGUUAGGCUGACGGAUGCUGUGAGGACGUGAUGAAGAUCUGCGGAUCGUCGCUCUAGUUCUGAAUCAUGGCCCGGUCCGUGAGGAGACUGCUCCAUCUGGUCCUCUUCUGGCCUCUGUCUAAAGGCCUGCAGAGUCGUCUCCCAGCCAUCAAAGUGAAGUACCUUCUUCUUGUCUGGCUGGGCAUCCUCAUCAUCAGCUGGAUCAUCUACAUGCAGUACGCUUCAUACGCCGAACUCUGUCGUGGACAUGUUUGUCACAUGAUCAUAUGCAAUCACUUCAGACGGGGGAUAAUAUCAGGCUCCUCCUGUAAGGCUUUGUGUGAUCAGAAAACUCUGAGUCUGCACCGCUGCAUGUCCACUUCUUCUACACAGCAGGUGUACGUUGGACUGUGGAAGGAGAAGUCUGUGGUCAUCAAAUGCAGCAUUGAGGAUCCAGUGGAUCCAGACAUCGGGCCAGAAUCCGUGGUGCGACCGGAGCUGAGUUUGUUUGACAAGCCGACUCGUGGAACUUCUAUGGAUGAAUUUAAAGAGAUGCUCCACAGUUUCCUGAAGGCUAACCUUGGUGAACAAUCAUCUCUGAGUACGCUGGUGGACCGGGUCAUCUCUCUGGCUGACGUCAACCAAGAUGGAAAAGUGUCUCUAGCAGAAGCAAAGUCCAUCUGGGCUCUUCUGCACAUCAACGAGUUCCUCCUGAUGGUGGCUCUGCAGGAGAAGGAGCACACCCCCAAGCUGCUGGGCUUCUGUGGAGACCUGUACGUGACGGAGCUCGUGAGCCACAGCUCCCUCUACAGGCUGGAGGUACCCGUUUACCUCCAGACCGUCAUUCCCGAGGCCCUGAGCUCUGGCCUGAACCACUGGCUGGCUCCGUCGUGGCCCCGCAGGGCCCGCAUCACCAUCGGUCUGCUGGAGUUUGUGGAAGAGGUUUUCCACGGAACAUACGGCAGCUUCCUGAUCUGCGACGCCAGCCCCUACCACAUCGGCUACAACACGAAGUACGACUGCAAAAUGUCCGACCUGCGCAGCGUGGCGUCGGAGGCGGCUGUCCGAGCGUUCCUGAAGGGGCGCCGGUGUGAGAGCAACGCCGACUGCACGUACGGUCGGGACUGCACGGCCACGUGCGAUCGACUGGUGAAGCAAUGCAACACCGAGGUGGUGCAGCCCAACCUCGCAAAGGUGUGUGUGCUGUUACAGGACUUCCUGCUGUUCGGGGCCCCGUCCAACCUGCGAGAGGACCUGGAAAAACAGCUUCGAACUUGUGUGACCCUCAGCGGGUUGGCGAGCCAGAUGGAGGUCCACCACUCGUUAGUUCUGAACAACCUGAAGACGUUACUGUGGAAGAAGAUCUCCAACACGCAAUACUCCUGAAAACAGAUGAGUUGAUCUGUUAGGAGGGAGUUUUCAGUCCAGAGGGGUGUUCUGUCAAGGAAAAGACCUUUGUCAGAGGAAAGCUUGUCUGUCUAGAAGGGAGUUUGUUGUCAGGUUCUUCUAGUUCUUCUGUCCAGAGGAGGUAGUUCUUCUGUCAAGGAGUAGAUCUUUGUCAGGGGGAAGUUCUUCUGCUGGAGAGUUUAUCUGUGGGGAGGUUUUCUGUCAUGAAGAAAGUCUUUUGUCCAGAAGGGAUUCUUCUGCCAAAAAGAAGAUCUUUGUCCAGAGGGGAGUUUGUCAAGAAGGGGGUUCUUUGUCAGGGGUAAGGUCUUUUGUGUUAAGGGGAAGUUCUUCUGUCCAAAGUAAGUUCUUCUGCCUGGACAGAAGAUAGAGUUCUUCCCUCUGGAGGGAUUUCUUCUGUGUCACGGGGAAGUUCUUCUGUAAAGAGCGAGUUUGUCUAUCUGAAAAGGGAGGUCUAUCAAGAGGAAGUUCUGUCAAGGAGAAGAUGUUAUGGUUAUGGUAUAUGGGGAUGGGUGAAACCCAUGUGAGCAGGGACCUCAUAAGUGUGCCCAUUACUCUCCCCAAAAGAGACACUGAGUUUUUAAUCAAACCUUCUGGUCCCUCGGAAGAAGGACACCAGGUUAGAAACACUUUGUGUUCUAAGCUUCUCGGGACCCGUAAAAGGUUCUCCAAGAAUUCAACUAGCCAGGGCCAAGCAUUGGCCCCAAGUAGCGCUCCCUUCGACUACUCAGAGGAGAUGUUUGUCAGGCGAAACUUCAGCUGUCUGUAAGCGAGUUCGUCAGGAGGAAGAUCUCAUGUGUUAGGGCAAAGUACUGUCAAAUGGAGGUUCUUCUGUCAGGAGAGAGUUUGUCUAUAAAGCUAGAGUUCUUCCCUCUGGAGGGAUUUCUUCUGAGUCAGGAGAAAGUUCUAUCAGGGUGGAGUUCUUCUGGUGACAGAUAAGGGCCCAUUAUACUCCAUCCGAAGCUGAACCGUCAAAGCGCGGUCACAUGGUUGUUCAAUGUUGGUUUUUGCACACACCUUUCAUAGCCCCGUAGACACACCGCGCUGAGCUCCUGGUAAACUCUGUGUAGUACAUGUCACUUCACGGGGUUUCUGCCCACUGGAGUCUAUAUCCUGGAAAACAACCCUCUAAUGUCUGACUCUCUUUAUAAAUAUCUGCUUCCAGGUACAACGCUUCUAGAAGCUAGUAGUCGAAGCUAAAUGCGGCGUCCAAGUGCUUUCAGCAUAAUAAACACGCCCAUAAACUAAUAAUGCAGAAACUUCCUACAGGUGCUGGUCAUAAAAUUAGAAUAUCAUGAAAAAGUAGAUUUAUUUCAGUAAUUCCAUU